AGUAGGAAGGUGAUAUGGAAGGGGGGGGUUCAGCUGUUGUGACCUGCACUGGAUGUGCCAUGUUUGUCUUUCUUCCACAGGACAGAAGCGACUUUGUCUGUACAAAGUGCAAGCUGGUCUCCAUAUUGCAAGAGAAGAUUGAAGGUCUGGAGCAACAGAUAACGACCCUGCGUUGCAUACGGGAAACUGAGGAUUUUCUGGACAAAACUCAGGAUAGGCUUCUAGGGGCACAAAGCUCUACAGAUACAGAGCAGGUUGCACAGAGGAGCCAAGAGGCCAGUGAAGAAGCUUGGCAACAUGUGACCUCCAGAAGAGGUAAGUGGAAUGUCCGGGUUCCAGUAACACAGACACAGGUAACUAACCGCUUUCAUGUUCUCUCCACAGGUAUCGUUGCGGAGAGCGGACCAGAUGAUAUGUCUGGGGCGAGAAAGCAGAAGGAGACUCCGCUGGUUGGAAGGCAUGAGAUGCGCUGUCCUGAGGUUGGGAGUUCCACGACCACCACUCCCAAGAGGAGAAGGCGGGUGGUGGUGGUCGGGGACUCGCUCCUCCGGGGGACUGAGUCAUCUAUCUGCCGCCCUGACCGGGAAAACCGAGAAGUCUGCUGCUUGCCGGGGGCUAAGAUUCGCGAUGUGACGGAGAGACUGCCGAGACUCAUCAAGCCCUCGGAUCGCUACCCCUUCCUGCUUCUCCACGUGGGCACCAAUGAUACUGCCAAGAAUGACCUUGAGCGGAUCACUGCGGACUAUGUGGCUCUAGGAAGAAGGAUAAAGGAGUUGGAGGUGCAAGUGGUGUUCUCGUCCAUCCUCCCCGUGGAAGGAAAAGGCCUAGGUAGGGACCGUCGAAUCGUGGAAGUCAACGAAUGGCUACGCAGGUGGUGUCGGAGAGAAGGCUUUGGAUUCUUCGACCAUGGGAUGGUGUUCCAAGAAGGAGUGCUAGGCAAAGACGGGCUCCACUUAACGAAGAGAGGGAAGAGCAUCUUCGCGAGCAGGCUGGCUAACCUAGUGAGGAGGGCUUUAAACUAGGUUCACCGGGGGAAGGAGACCAAAGCCCUGAGCAGCGAGGUGAAGAACGCAUUUCUGAGUACAGCAUGGAAUCCCUACCCGCAUCUGCAACUGGCAGCAUCUCAUUCCACCUGCAACCUGCCUCUGCAGUCUGACUGGCACAAUACCCCUGGGGAAGAGCAUCUCCUCCAUCCAUAAUCCAGCCAAGAUGUUUCUGGAGGGUUCAGAGAGAGACAUGGAUGCAGCUUCAGAGAGGUUAUCAACAGAUACCCGUCGUGGUACCAGAUGGAAGCACUAGGGGACCUUUCUCUAUCCUAUAGCAAAUCUGCAUCUGUUUCUCCUUCCCAGAGGCUAGCGAAGAUUAGAAGGCGAAAAAAAUGCACUCGCGAUGAAAUGUUCUCUGAGCUCAUGCUGUCCUCCCACACUGACAGAGCCCAGACGAAUGCGUGGAGGCAGACAAUCUCAGAGUGCAGGAAAGCACAAUAUGACCGCGAGGAGAGGUGGCGGGCUGAAGAUGAUAGGUGGCGUCAGCUUGCUGAAAGAAGUCCGGAGUCAAUGCUCAGGCUGCUGGAGGAUCAAACACAUAUGCUCCAGGUCCUUGUGUAUGGCUUCAUGAGCCAGGGCAUUAAGGGGUAGGCUGGGUCCCCAAGGAGAACUAUAGGCAUUUCAACAUCCCCAAUGGUUAUUUUCUGGGCUGGGAAUAAAGUCCCUUCCUGCAGCUGUUGAAACAGACCAGAGUUCCUGAAGAUGCGAGAGUCAUGUACCUUUCCAGGCCAUCCCACGCUGAAGUUGGUGAAACGUCCCUUGUGAUCCACCAGAGUUUGCAGCACUAUUGAAAAGUACCCCUUGCGGUUUAUGUACUCGCCGGCUUGGUGCUCCAGUGCCAAGAUAGGGAUAUGGGUUCCGUCUACGGCCCCACCACAGUUAGGGAAUCCCAUUGCAGCAAAGCCAUCCACUAUGACCUUCACAUUUCCCAGGGUCACUACCCUUGAUAUCAGCAGAUCUUUGAUUGCGUGGGCUACUUGCAUCACAGCAGCCCCCACAGUAGAUUUGCCCACUCCAAAUUGAUUCCCGACUGACCGGUAGCUGUCUGGCGUUGCAAGCUUCCACAGGGCUAUUGCCACUCACUUCUCAACUGUGAGGGCUGCUCUCAUCUUGGUAUUCUUGUGCCUCAGGGCAGGGGAAAGCAAGUCACAAAGUUCCAUGAAAGUGCCCUUACGCAUGCGAAAAUUUCGCAACCACUGGGAAUCGUCCCAGACCUGCAACACUAUGCGGUCCCACCAGUCUGUGCUUGUUUCCCGAGCCCAGAAUCGGUGUUCCACCGCAUGAACCUGCCCCAUUAGCACCAUGAUGCAUGCAUUGCCAGGGCCCCUGCUUUCAGAGAAGUCUGUGUCCAUGUCCUCAUCACUCUUGUCACCGCACUGACAUCGCCUACUCGCCUGGUUUCGCUUUGCCAGGUUCUGGUGCUGCAUAUACUGCUGGAUAAGGCGUGUGGUGUUUAAUGUGCUCCUAAUUGCCAAAGUGAUCUGAGUGGGCUCCACGCUUGCCAUGGUAUGGCAUCUGCACAGAAAAAAGGUGCGGAACGAUUGUCUGCCGUUGCCCUGAUGGAGGCAGGGGCGACUGACGACAUGGCUUACAGGGAAUUAAAAUCCACAAAGGGGGUGGCUUUGCAUCAAGGAGAAACUGAAUGGCCCCCUCAAGGAUAGAACUCAAACCCCUGGGUUUAGCAGGCCGUUGAUUUCACAGAGGGAGGGAGGAAGGGAGGAGAAAAUGAAUACAAAACAGAUCUGGUCUAUUUCUUGUUUUGAUCCACUUCAUCUAUCUUUAUACAACUUGCUGGCAGCAGACUGUGAAGUACAACUGCUGGCCGUCGUCAUGUCCUGGGUGCUCGGCAGAAGACGUGCAGUAGGACUGCUGGCCAUCGUCGUCUCCUGGCUGCUCAUCAGAAGACGGUGCAGUAGGACUGCUGGCAGGACUGAAUCACCAUGAGACGAAACUUAAAAAGGAAAUGACCUGCCUGAGUCACUCCCAUGUUUGCCCAGGUGCCCCUGACAGACCUCACUGAGGUUGGCUAAAAGAGCACCCUGGAGCACGGCGACAAUGGCUACCAGUCAUACUGCACUGUCUGCUGCCAAAAGGCAAUGAGCUGCUGCUGCUGUGUAGCAAUGCAGUACCGCGUCUGCCAGCACCCAGGAGACAUACGGUGACGGUGAGCUGAGCGGGCUCCAUGCUUGCUGUGGUAUGGCGUCUGCAUUGGUAACCCAGGAAAAAAGGCUCAAAACAAUUGUCUGCUGUUGCUUUCACAGAAGGAGGGAGGGAAGGGAGGGCCUGGCCAGAACCACCCGUGACUAUGUUUUUGCCCCAUCAGGCAUUGGGAUUUCUACCCAGAAUUCAAAUGGGCGGUGGAGACUAUGGGAACUGUGGGAUAGCUACCCACAGUGCAACGCUCCAGAAGUCAACGGUUGCCUCGGUACUGUGGACGCACUCCGCCGACUACAUGCACUUAGAGCAUUUGUGUGGGGACACACACAAUCGACUGUAUAAAAACGCUUUCUACAAAACUGACUUCUAUAAAUUCAACCUAAUUUCAUAAUGUAGACAUGGCCUCAGAGUAACCCCAUCAUCUUAUUGAUGUAUCCCUUGUCCUUUCUCAUGCUCCUCUACCUCCCUUCCAGUUCUUACUCACACUCUUUGCAUCACAUCCCUUAUUAGACUGUGAGCGCUUUGUGGCAUGGACCAGGUCUUUCUAUGUGUUCUGUACAGCACCUGGCACUUUUGGGUGCUUACAAUAUAACAUCAAACACUAUAACAUGAUUAGACCAGGUUCUGCAUUUACACAGAGAUAAAUCAAGGGUGACUCCAUGGAGGAAGUAGUGGUGCACGUGAGACUGGAAUCAGACCCAUUAAGCACAGUUAGCAAGCUCUUGUUAGGACGUACAGUGUUUUGGUGUGGAUUGGAUAUAUUUUAAAACACCUUCUGAGCGGUCUGUGUUACCGUGACGGCAUUUUCUGUUCCUGUUUCUUAAUCACCUUUGUGCUGUUGAUGAAGCUGACUGACUUUCUGUUCGGUUACGUGCCCCUUCUGUGCGUUUGCAAUGGCAGCCCAGGGAAGCAGCACAGACAGGAUUGGAGGAUGUUCCCAUGAAGGAUGUGACUUUGCAUUUGAGCUGAUUGGGAAUUUUUCAGUAAAACGUUGUUGUCUUUGUUGUUGGAAAAUGCUGGUCAGCAAAGCCGGAACUUUUCACAUAAAUGUAGCAGUUGUGACAAAACUUUCCUCAGAAGGUUUCUGAGGUUGAAGAUGAAGUAGAGAAAGUGAGACCCACCCAGCUCUGGAAUAGCCAAUAGCCAUGUGGUUACGGCACUCCCAUGGGAUAUGCAGCUUCAAGUCACUGCUCUGAGUCAGAGAGCUCCUACCUGGACAUUGACUUCCUACAUCCCAGGAGAGUGCACUAAUCACCAGGCUAUAAAGUCAGUCCAUCAGUCUUAGUGUCUCGUGCAGGAACUGUCCCACUUUGUACAAAUAAUUGAAUAUUCAUUGGGCAAGAGAGGGAGACUGACCCUGUAGGCUGGGGUUAGAACACUCAGACGGAGAUGCACGUUCAAGGCUCUGCUCAGAAUUAGGUAUUGCAGGGACUUGAAACUGGCUUUCCCAUUUCCCAGCUAUUCCGCUCUUUCACUCUCUCUGGUUUUCAAAAGAAAUUCAAAAUGUCUCAGGUUCACCUUAAAGGGG